UACACAGCGGUGGUGGUGGUGGUGGUCACAUUAGCACACCCACUGUCUGACGGAAUCAAAUUUCAGAGGCGAAUUUUUGAACGCUGGCAUCGGAUCACCUUCCUCGACAGUCUUAUUAUACGAAACUCGCCCCAGUCAACUCAAGAUGGCUUCAAGGACUCCAGCUCAAGUCGCUUUGAUCACCACCGGUGCGAUCCUCACUGGACUGGUAGGAUAUGCGGUCUACUUUGACUACCAGAGGAGACAUAACCCAGAGUUUAGAAAGUCUAUCAAGAAACAACAUAAGAAAGUCCGAGCCGCUGCUGAAGCAAGGAACAAGGCGGAGAAGGACCGAAACUCAAAACUUCUCCGUGAAGCGCUCAAAGAGAUUCAAGCGGAAUCUCCACCAAGUGCCCCAGAGCAACAAGAGAUGUACUUCCAAGAGCAUGUCGGACAGGGUGAACAGCUCGCCGCGAUGGGCCCUGAUAGCUACGUCGAAGCCGCCGCUCACUUUUACCGUGCUCUGAGAGUUUAUCCCCAGCCUGUCGAGCUUCUCAUGAUCUACCAGAAAGUCGCACCUCCUCCCGUCUUUGCACUGUUGCUUGAACUCACUUCUUUGACCGGUGGUGGACCCGCAGGAGCAGGAGCAGGUUUCGGCGCCGGUGGUCCCCCACCACAAGCUCCCGCAAGUAUCGAUGAUAUCGAUGAGGGCGGAAGUCCCACGGGAGACAGCCAAGGAACGUCUAGCGGUAGUGGCAUGGGAAGUGGAGGAGAUUGGGAACGAGUCAGCGAGGGAGCUUAGCGUCGGGAUCUAUUCCUCAGCGAGGUGGAAGAAAGCAGAAGACAGGAUAGCAAAGAACAGGAAGCGGAGCAGAGAUCGAAGAGCAGAUAGCAGGAAGCACAGAUACCUCGCCACGGACCUGUACCCUGCCUGUAUGUCGUAUAACUUAGCGUUUACCAAUGCCCAUCUCACCCCAUUUUGCCAUGUAUCAGUACUUUUAAC